UUGUCAUGGGGAUAAUUCGAGAAAAUUCGGUUUGUAUUCAUAUUGCCGAACUAAGCUGUAAACCUGCUUGACAAUAGCCCUUAGAGGUUUUCAGGUAUUCGAAAUGCAUUACAAGGUUAAACAUUUAAUGAUUUAUGUAAGUAUGGGUGCUGAUAUACCGGACAUUUUGUAUCACCCACUAACAAAAGUUACAAAGUCAGAUGAUUGUAAAAAUAUUGAUGAAGAAAGUCAAACGUUGGUCAAAAUUGGUCAUAUAUCAACCGUGGAAAAUUCAUUACACACUUUAAGCAAUGAGACAUAUGUCGAGAAAUGGACAGAAUCUUCGCCUGAAGUAAAAGAACCAGAUUACAAAUACUUCUCAUGCAGAUUGGAAUUGGAUGCACACUUAGCUUCGUGUCUCAUGUGUGAUUUCAAACUCUUUCCAAUUUUCCGGAAAAGAUUAUUCAAUUAUGUGAAGAAAAACUAUACUUUUCAAUACGUUGGGGUGAAUUUUGGAAAUAGUGUAGAAGAACAACAAGUAACUGCAGCAAAUAGAAAAGAUGGAAGAAAAAUUCCAAUUGAUUAUGUGAUAGAAAUUAUUCCAAUUUAUCCUAAACAAAAAGUGGAUUAUGCAUGGACGUAUCGGAUAGGGGGACAAAUGGUCAAGAAGAUGCUGUUAGAAGAAGCGUUUGCUUGGUUUUCAACAUUAGGUGGAGCAUAUUCUUCCCUUGGCGACCAUUUUUCAAGUUUUGCGGAACACGCAGGGAAGAUAGCAAUGAAGCAGCUGAAGAUAGCCAAUGAAGAAGGGGAUCCUAUAAUGGCAUGCAAAGCAAAGCUUUUCUUUGCUCAGAGUUUAAUGCAAAGAGGUUAUAUAAUAGAAUCUGGGAGAAUAUUUAAAGCUCAAAGUAUAUUUGCUAAAACAAUGAUUGUGCCAGACUCGAAACUAUUGACUAUGUGCCGAGCAUUAAGAAAGCGCUGGAAAUAUAUUCGCAGUAAUGUUAAUAAACAUGUACAUGUAUUGGAAAAUUGAUUAUUUUGGUUAAUA